AUGGUGGGAGAAGUAGUAUGGCGCAGAAGCGAACCGACAGUCGAUUGUAGGACGUUGAAACGGUUUAGUGUUGUCUGUAACUUCGUGUUAGAAAGGUGAAUAUUCAACAGUUUACUACAAAGAAUUGGACACUGAUUUUUCUUCUGCGGAAUGAGAGCGCGUAUUCAUAUGCACAGGCAGAAGAUGGAAAGAUAAAGACCCAGUUGCAUGAGUUCUUUUUACAUUCAUUUCAACGAUCCAAAAUGCCAUUCACAGCUGAUGCAGCAGCUACCCAAAUACAGGAACGGCUGAAGAACCUGUAUCACCUGGUGCACGAGAUCGAAACACAAAGAAUUCGUUCAGAGCAUAAUCUAAACAAUAUUAUAAAAACUUACGAGAAAGUAACACCAGAGGACAAGGUAUCCCCGUAUUAUCAACAGAAGCUGAAGAAUCUCAACGCAGCGAUCGGCGACUCGCAGCAGGAAGAGGAGAUUUUGCGUAAAGCAUUGGGAAAAAUCAACGAAAUUCGAGCAAUUAGAAACGAACGACGGAUACAGGCUCGGAAUGCAGGAAAUAAAGAAACUAUCCGUCGAGGUGCUCUCAUGAAGAUGGUGUUGAGCACCGCGCAAACGCUUCCUUUGUACGUAGGCAAGACACCAGGGGCGAAACCGCCCCCUCUUUGUGGAGCAGUCCCAGCAGAGCCUACGUAUAUCGCGAAAAUGGGAGACAUGGUGGCUGCUCUAGUAAAGGGGUCCGAAGAAGAGGAUUGGAUCUUGGCAGAAGUGGUUCAAUUCAAUCCUACGGCGAACAAAUACGAGGUGGACGAUAUCGACGAGGAGCAAAAGGACAGGCACACCUUGUCGAGACGAAGAGUGGUGCCUCUUCCAUUGAUGAGGGCUAAUCCUGAAACUGAUCCUCAUGCUCUUUUCCCCAAAGGAUCCAUCGUGAUGGCAUUGUACCCCCAAACGACCUGUUUCUAUAAGGCAGUCGUGAACCAACCACCCACUACAGCCACCGAGGAAUACGAAGUCUUAUUUGAGGACGCGAAUUACGCAAAUGGGUAUUCGCCACCUUUAAAAGUCGCUCAACGUUAUGUGAUCUCCAUCAAAGAGAGCAAGAAGAAUAAAAGCCAGUGUUGACGGACGUUUUAUUAUAAAAUGGCGCCAAUAUUAUCUCCGAUAUUGUUCUUGCAUUUGUACAUUACUGAUAGAGUACAACCAUGCGCUUUUGUAUUAUAGACGCUCAUCAGCUGUAAUAAAGUAUUUGUUUUUGGAUAAA